GUCUCCCUCAACGUGCCCUACAUGGCGGCCGAGCUGGUCAUUGCAGCCCUCUCCACGGUGGGCAACCUGCUGGUGUGCCUGGCCGUGGGCAUCAACAAGCGGCUCCGCACCGUCACCAACUACUUCCUGGUGUCCCUGGCGGUGGCCGACAUCUGCGUGGGUGGCCUGGCCAUCCCCUGCGCCAUCAUGACGGACAUGGGCAUCCCGCGUCACAACCUGUAUCUGUGCCUGCUGAUGCUCUCCGUGCUCAUCAUGCUCACUCAGAGCUCCAUCUUCAGCCUGCUGGCCGUGGCGGUGGAGCGCUACCUCGCCAUCUUCCUUCCCUUCCGCUACCACACCCUCAUGACGCCGCGCAACGCCGUGCUGGUUAUCCUGGUCACCUGGGUGCUGGCCUUCCUCAUCGGCCUGGUGCCGCUCAUGGGCUGGUACAAGACGCCGCCCGAGUCCGGCUACUGCUUCUUCGUCUUCGUGGUGGACAUGACCUACAUGGUCUACUUCAACUUCUUCGCCUGCGUGCUGACGCCCCUGGUGGUCAUGUUCCUGAUCUACGCGCAGAUCUUCGUGACGGUGAAGCGGCAGGUGCGGCGCAUCGCGGCCGAGCGGGCGCAGGGCGAGGCCCAGGCCAAGCGGGCGGCCAGCAUGCGGCGGGAGAUGAAGACAGCCACCUCGCUCUUCCUCGUGCUCUUCCUCUUCACCGUCUGCUGGAUCCCGCUGCACGUCAUCAACUGCUUCCUGCUGCUGUGCCCGCGGUGCACCGUGCCCCUGCCGCUCCUGCUGGCCGCCAUCAUCCUCUCCCACGCCAACUCGGCCGUCAACCCCUUCCUCUACGCCUACAAGAUGAAGGCCUUCCGCCGCUCCUUCAAGGCCAUCUUCCUCUGCUGCCGGGUCUCCGCGGAGGCCGACGACGGCACGGACGAUGGUGGCACUGCCACACACAGAUCCUGA